GCAUUGUUCAUUCGGGCUCGGACCGCCAACAAAAACGAGGGGGAGCAUUUUCAAAACCCUUCAUAUCCGCCAUUUUCCUCUUGCAGGGGCUCUCUAGGGUUUUGGAGCGAAUUAAAGUGAGCCAUGGCUUUUUCGGACGAUCCUCACUCCGCAUCGGCGGAAAUAGCUGCGGAUGACCCUUCGGCGGAGGCGUCGCCAAUCCUAAAGGACGAUAAAACCCUAGUUUCUGCUCCGGGAGCGGGAAAGAGCAUUGGUAUUCAGAGCAAUGGUGGUUCUGCAAAUGUGGACGCCUGCUCUACCGAAGAUGAGGAAGGAGACGAGGAGGAUGGCCUAGAGCAUGCUACUGAGCUGUUCGAGAAGGGGUCGAAGGCCAUUGAAGCUGGAGAUUUCACGGAGGCCGUCGAUUGCCUUAGCCGCGCCUUAGAAAUCAGGGUUGCAAAUUAUGGUGACCUUUCCCCUGAAUGUGCUAGCUCUUACUACAAAUAUGGUUGUGCGCUCUUGUACAAAGCUCAAGAGGAAACAGAUCCAUUGGGCGAUGUUCCUAAGAAUACUCAAAGAAACUCGACCAAGGAUGAAUCCGCGGCUAACAUGGAAGAAUGUGGAGGUUCAGUGCCAUCUUCUGAGUUAAAAGAACAAAAUUCUUCUAACAAGUCUGAAAUUGGAGGAGUUUCUGAUUUGAAGAGUACAGAAGAUGAAAACGAGGAAGUUGAAGGGGAUGAUGAAGAACUAGGAGAAGCUGAUGAAGAUGAUUCUGAUCUGGAUUUGGCAUGGAAAAUGCUGGAUAUAGCAAGAGCAAUUUUUGAGAAGAACCCAGAAAAUUCAAUUGAGAAAGUAAAUGUAUUUUCGGCUUUAGGGGAAGUCUCCAUGGAAAGAGAGGAUGUUGAGACCUCUUUGACAGACUACACCAAAGCUCUAGCCAUUCUGGAAGAUUUGGUUGAGCCAGAUAAUCGUAGGGUUAUUGAAUUAAACUUUAGGAUAUGCAUGGUGUUAGAGCUGGGCUCUAAAGUCGAAGAGGCUAUACCCUAUUGUGAAAAGGCUAUUUCACUCUGCAAGUCCAGAAUAGAGCGGCUCAAGGAAGUUUUAAUGAAAUCAAAAGAUACUGCAGAAGCCAGUAAAAAUUCAGUUUCUGAACUGGAUGAAAGUGGAAAAGAGUUGUCGUCUGAAUCAUUAAACUUGGACGGUGAAAUCGACCAACUUAGGGGCAUCUCAACUGAGCUGGAGAAAAAGCUUGAAGAUCUGCAGCAGCUAAUGUCAAAUCCAAAGUCUAUACUAAUCGAGCUUCUGAAAAGAAAUGAUUCCACUUUAACUUCUGGGGAGAAGAGCGCUAUUAGAGAUUUUUCCAGAUCUUCAUCUGUUAGCUCUUCUCAAAUGGCUGCCAUUGAAGGUGGCAGCUUUGAUUCCCCAACAAUUUCCACCGCGGCAAAUGGUGGUUUUACGGAUCUGGGAGUGGUUGGCCGGGGUAUUAAGCGCGCUAUUGUUACUCCGACUGGCACAGAACCAACCCUAAAGAAAUCCCCAUCAGAGUUGUCUGUAGAGAAAGCUGAUAGCUGUGUUUCUGAGGUUCGCUCUAAUGCACAGGCUUCUGAGGCUUCUAGUAAGUAAAUACUUGAUUCUUCAUGAUUGAAAUCUAAACGAGGCUGAAUUUAUUUAAGGCGGCUUGUAAUUUUUUUUCGGCACCGUAUGUAGACCAAUGUUGUUUUAGAAAUUUCUAAUGAUAUGCACUUGAUAAUUCAUUGUUAUU